AUGGCCUCUUUCCUUGCCAAAUUCAACAAGCUUCCCCUCAAAGACGUCUCCAAGGCAGUUGACUCGUUAUUCCCAGAAUUAUCUGCUGAGGCGAAGGCCUUGGCUUCGCAGUUCCAGACUUUGUCCUCCAGACUUAACGAGCAAGACACUUUGGAGACAUUGAACUCCAACUUGAGAAGCAAAACCUUCAUUGUGGGCAAUGUCCCAGCCAAGGUUGACUUGGAUGUUUUCUCCAAGGUUUUGCCUGUGGCCAGCCAGUGGAAGUCCCCUGAGGAGUAUGCCAAGUUCAGACACAUCAUUAGAUGGGCUGACUUGGUGCAGAACACCCUAGUUGAAGUUCCUGAACAGGAGCGUUUGGCCGUCAAAUUUGACACCGAGGUGCCUAGAGAGAUCAAGGAGAAGAAGAAGCCUGCUGCUGCUGCCGCCGCCGCUCCUGCUCAAAAGCCUGCUGAGAAGGCCGCUGCUAAGCCAGCUGGUGAAGCUCCAGCUGGUGAGAAGAAGCAGCAGAAGGGGGCAGAGGUCUCGGAGGAGGAGAAGAAGGCUAGAGCUGAGGCUGCUAAGGCCAAGAAGGCUGCUAAGGCUAAGGCUAAGGCUGAGCAACAGGCUAAGAACCAGGCUGCUGCUGUUCCACCAAACCCAGGUAUGAUCGACUUCAGAGUGGGAUUCAUCCAGAAGGCUGUCAAGCACCCAGACGCAGACUCGUUGUACAUGUCCACCAUUGACAUGGGAGAUGCUGAGGGUCCAAGAACCGUUUGUUCGGGAUUAGUUAAGUACAUUCCUUUGGAGGAUAUGCAAGAGAGAUACGUGGUUGUGGUGGCCAACUUGAAGCCUGUUUCCAUGAGAGGUGUCAAGUCGUGCGCCAUGGUGUUGUGUGCUUCUAGUGAUGACACUGUUGAGUUUGUCAACCCACCAGCAGGCUCCAAGCCUGGAGACAAGAUCUUCUUUGAGGGCUACAAUGACGUUCCAGAGAAGCAGUUGAACCCUAAGAAGAAGGUGUGGGAGGCUGUGCAGCCAGGUUUCAGCACCAACGAGAACUUCGAGGUUACUUACACUGUUGAGGGUAAGGAGCCAGCAAAAUUGGUGAACGAGAAGGGUGAGUUGUGUAAGAACUCCACCUUGGUGAAGGCUGAUGUGAAGUAG